AGUCUACAUUCUACAUUUGGUAGGAAAUUUCUCGCUAGUAGAUUGUCCAGUCGUAUCUGAUCACUUCUCGUAUCUUUGAUCAUGUUGGCUCGGUAUUGUCUAAGUGUGUUCUGUAUUGUUGGAUGGUUUCAGUCAGGGUAUUCAUCAGUCUGUUCCAGCCCACUUGGAAUGCAAUGCCAUACAAUACCAUGCAGCUCAAUAACUGCGUCGUCUGUGAGAAACUUCCGGCACAAAGCAUGCAAAGUAAGACUUUCCUCAGGUCUGCAUUACUACAAACCCACUUGGACGUGUUGUGGUUGGUCCCCAUCUCCAUAUGACAUCAAGCCAUGGUUACAGAUCUACCUGCGACACCCCCACAUUAUUACUGGAGUAGUUACCCAAGGCGGCUGCGCUAAAAGAGCUUUGAACUCGGUCACUGCUGGGUAUAAAAUGUCGUAUAGUAUGGACGGUAACACGUGGAUAUUUUACCGAACAGUUACUGGAGCUAUCAAGAAUUUUUCUGGUGACGCAAACCCGAACACAGUCGUAAUGAACGUUAUAAGGCCAGUCAUAACAGCAAUUUACGUCAGAAUACAUCCCGUCACUUGGACUGGUGUUCAAUCUCUACGUGUUAAGCUUUAUGGAUGUGUAGAUGUAAAUGAGUGUCAGUCCAAUCCCUGUAGAAAUGGUGCUACAUGCAACAAUCUUGUCCAGAACUACUCAUGUACAUGUAUCGCAGGAUUUACAGGAAAAAACUGUGAACACAAUAUAGAUGAUUGUAAGCCGGAUCCAUGUAUAAAUGGAGGAACAUGUUUUGACCUGGUGAAUGACUUUAAAUGUGCAUGCAGACCUGGUUGGAUGGGGAAAAUCUGCCAGACAAACCUUGGUCCCGAUUGUACCUGCGUGAAUGGUGCAACAUGUACUGAUACUGUUGAUGGGUUCAGAUGCAUCUGCCGUCUAGGUUUUACCGGGAAAAACUGUGAACUAAAUAUAAAUGAAUGUGAAUCAAAGCCAUGUAGAAAUGGAGGAACAUGUUCUGACCUGGUCAAUGAUUACAAAUGUGCGUGUAGACCUGGCUAUGUAGGAAAACAUUGCGAGAUAGACCUUGGUCCCGAUUGUACCUGCGUGAUUGGUGCAACAUGUACUGAUACUGUUGAUGGGUUCAGAUGCAUCUGCCGUCCAGGUUUUACCGGGAAAAACUGUGAACUAAAGAUGGAUGAACUCAUAAAUGGCUAACGAAUUGCACAUAUAUCAGUUUUCCCUCAAAAACGCAUUAAAAGUGCAUCCCAACAAAGUUCCUAGCCCUGCCUAUAUUUGUAAUACGGCAUAAAAACAACCCUCUGCUAUAAACUGGAUCGAAAUAUGGCGACCAAUUUGAAUAACUAUUGUUCUGCACCGUACAUGUGAAAACGCUUUCAAUUAUGCUUCCACGUGAAUAAGAGGCUGAGUCAGUCGCUAGUCAGUGUAAACAAUAGUUAUUCAAAUUGAUUGCCAUAUUUUGAUUCGGUUUAUGACAGCAAAUAUAAGUCCAAGCAAUUUAAAGGGAGUUCAAAUCUAGAUGGGCUUUGAAAAAACGCUUCAACAGGUGGUGAUAACAUUAAAAUUUUUACUAUUAACUACAGUAUAACACAUUCUUGUAAGAAUGAAAUGAAACUAGAAAAAGAGAUAGUGUAUGAUUAUGUGCCGGCUGCCAUAUAUAGCUUGCCUGUGGUUGGUUGGCAGUCCUGCAUUGCUCGAUUUAUCAUCCAUCAUCUGCUGUCAUGUGAUAACUCAAAACCUCGAUAAUGAAGAGUUGUAUUCAGGGUAAAUAUGCAUAAAUAAACAAUAAACAAUU